CGAAACGCUCGGCUUUCUGUCGCACUUGGUCGCAUCCACCCCAACGGUUAACCGGGAACCGGGUAUAUAGUCGAUACGGUUCCGUCUCGAGUUCAUUCCGAGAGUGUAUGCCGAGGAAGUGGACGCGAAAGUCAAACGAACGAACGAACGAUCCGCGUAUCCCGAAAAGGCAAACGCGAGCGCAAACGCAUAAUUUUUCGUUAGCGCAGAGAUACUACGACGAUAAUUGAUUGUACGACACGCGUCAAGUGUCGCGAAUACGAAAUAUUCUAUAAGAAUGGAGAUAGUUUCUAGACUGCUCUUAAUAUUCGUAUUAAAUAUAUUCGCAUUAAAUAUAUUGUGUACAAUGACCGGUUACGCAGCGCCAUUAUUAGAUGCGAAGGACAUUUGGAGCCGAAAUGUUUUUGUACCUGUAAUAAAGGCGUGUUCCUCCGAUGGACAAUGCUGGGGAUGGUUACCGAAAUCAGAAACAUACGACAAUACUAAUAUUAUUGUACCCGAACAAGACAGCGAUACCUCAAGAUUGCAAUCGCGGCGUCAAAUUGCAAACCCGGUAUCCGAAAUCAUGUUAGGAUCGUGGAAAAAUAGCAUGUCGGAGGAGGCAGGGCGAGAAAUUCGAGCGCCCUUACCAGUUAAUAAACAAAUACCAAUUAGAAUCACGAAGAAGGAUGUAUUUAUGUCCCGCGGCUGGGGCGCCGGUGGAAUGCCGUUUUCAGUUCUGUACAUGAAUCCGCGAUCAAAUCACGCAGUUACAGCAACAUCACCGUCUCAACGACAAGAAACCGGUGCAACGACUGAAAGUUCGACGCCGUUUGUAGAACAUCCUAAUUCGCGUAUCGCCCCACGAAACAGUCAAUCUACUGUACAACCGAGGAGACAAUAUUGGAACAUACCACAACUUUUUAUAUCGUAUGGUUGGGCCCCGUUCGGAAAAUAGAAACGAAUAACGGUGAUAUAUUUAAUAUCGAAGUAUCACCUUGAAAAAGAGAGAAGAGAGAAAGAGAGAGAUAGAAUGUGAAAAAAAGAGAGAGAGACAUUGAUCUUUGUGAUAUAUUUUAAAAAUGUGCAAAUAAGUAGCUUCUUAAUGCAAUUGUCAAUAUUUAUCUCAAUGAUAGUCAAUUGUUUUAAUAUCCGAGAGUGUAAUUUUUACAUCUCUCUCUAUGCAGUAUUUUCUUUAAUAUACAAUUUGCAUAAUAAAUUAUAUUUUUAUCUAAAUAUAUUACAUCCACAUUACGUCAGCGAUAGCACUUGAAUAUUAUGUGAAAAUACCAUUAUAAUUGAAA